CAAUACGAUGGGCUUCAACCGAAAGCUGCCCACGACAUCCAACAAUGAAGAGCCCAUUUUUUUUUCCCUUCAAUUACCAUCGAAAAAAUAAUAAUAAUAAGAGAAAAAGAGUUUGAAACAGAACCAGGAAAAACCAUGGCUUCAAUCGCAGUUAACUCCCCAAGCUCAGGCUCUAACUAUUUUAUGAAAGACGGCGUCGCUUCUUUCAACACUAAUCGGUUAUGUUCCUUUUCAUUCGAAUCAAGCUUGUUCGGCUCCAAAAUCUCAACGAAACAGCUUACACUCUCGGUCAACGGAACCGGAACAACCCGACCUAAACCCACCAUUUAUUCGGGUUCAGGACCGGUGAAGGCGUCUUCCCAUUCAUUUGAUGUCGUGAUCGUGGGUGCGGGAAUCAUCGGGUUGACAAUCGCCCGACAGUUUCUAAUCGGGUCGGAUCUAUCCGUUGCUGUCGUUGAUAAGGCUGUACCUUGCUCCGGUGCCACCGGUGCAGGACAGGGCUACAUAUGGAUGGUAAAUAAAAACCCUGGUAGUGAGACAUGGGAACUCACCAAAAGAAGUCACCAACUGUGGAAGAUGUUGGCUGAGACAAUACGUGAUCAAGGCAUGGAUCCAUUUCAAGUAUUGGGUUGGAAGAAGACAGGAAGCUUGUUAGUUGGUAGAACUCCUGGGGAUUCAGUUGUGUUAAGAAACAGAGUCAGGCAACUGUCUGAAGCUGGGUUGAGAGCAGAGUAUCUGUUCAGCAAUGAAUUGCUCUCCAAGGAGCCUGCUGUUUUUGUUGGGAGUGAUGGUGGGGCUGCUUUUGCACCCGAUGAUUGCCAAUUGGAUGCUUGGCGUACUGUUUCAUAUAUCGAAAAGGUUAACCGAAAUUUUGCACUGGAGGGUAGAUAUGCUGAGUUCUAUCAUGAGCCAGUUACAGGUUUAGUAAGAUCUACUAAUACUGGGGAGGUUGAAGCUGUUCAGACUUCCAAUAAUACCUUGUAUGGAAAGGCCAUUGUAGUUGCAGCUGGUUGUUGGAGUCGAUCUCUGAUGCAUGACCUGGUCAGAGGUUCAAAUGUUAAAUUGGAUGUCCUUGUGAAGCCUCGUAAGGGCCACCUUCUUGUGAUUGAAAACUUUAAUUCCCUUCAACUGAAUCAUGGUUUGAUGGAGGUUGGCUAUGUUGAUCAUCAAAAUGCAAUAUUAACUUCAGAGCAGGAUGAUCAUAGCCAAACCCUGGCUGUUUCAAUGACAGCCACAAUGGACACAAUGGGUAAUCUUAUUCUAGGGAGCAGCCGUCAGUUUGUUGGCUUCAGCACUGAGGUAGAUGAUGCUAUCAUUCUUCAUAUAUUGAAACGGGCUGGAGACUUCUUUCCCAAAUUAAAAGAACUGUCCCUUACAGAUUUCAGCAAGAACGGAAAAGUGAGAGUAGGGCUACGCCCUUACAUGCCUGACGGGAAGCCGGUCAUUGGACGUGUGCCUGGUUUGUCAAACUUAUUUCUUGCAACUGGGCAUGAAGGACAAGGGCUCACUACGGCUUUAGGAACCGCCGAAAUGGUUGUUGAUAUGGUAUUGGGCAAUCCCACCCAUGUUGAUAAUUCACCAUUUGCUGCUCAAGGUCGAUGUUGUUAGUACAAUGUGCCAAAGAACAGUGAAGGAGAAACAUCAUGGAUUGGUCUAGUUGGAGCAAAUCUUAAGCUGCUUGUUAGAUUUUACUUUCCAGAAAUCUUGAAGUCACAGUGCCUUAUAUCUUACUUUUCAGGUCAAAACUUGUAUUCAACUGGUAAAUGCAAUUUUCAGCAUAUCUAUGUUUUAUUUGCCAUUUUUUGAGGUUUAGGUAAAUGCACCCAUCAAUGUGUCAUGACUCAUGAACUUGAGAUUUUCUUUUUUUUUUUUCUAGUCCUUAACUUUAAAAAUGAAUUUGUAGGUUUGGGAACUCU